AGAGGUAAACAAAUGUUGGCGUCUCUCCUCCGUGGGGGUGGAAAAGUGCUAAUUUUACACCAUUUGCUGACCGUUUGGUGACUCUCGCGCCCUGGGGAAGAAGACGAAGGGCGUGAGCGUCACUACACUUAUUAAUACUCAGCCACAAGUACCACCACCAGCACAGCAUCAUGGCCGCCACAGAACAGAACGCAGUGAACAAGACGUGGGAGUUGUCGCUGUACGAACUGCACCGCACACCACAGGAGGCUAUCACAGACAACACAGAGAUCGCUGUGUCGCCGCGCUCCCUCCACUCUGAGUUGAUGUGUCCCAUCUGCCUCGACAUGCUCAAGAACACCAUGACCACUAAGGAGUGUCUGCACAGGUUCUGCCAGGAGUGCAUCAUCACUGCUCUGCGGUCAGGGAACAAGGAGUGUCCAACCUGCCGGAAGAAGCUGGUGUCCAAACGUUCACUUCGGCCGGAUCCAAAUUUUGACACGCUCAUCUCAAAGAUCUACCCGAGCCGUGACGAGUAUGAGCAACACCAGGAACGUGUCAUUGCCAAGCUAAACAAGAACCACAACCAUGCAUCCCUCAUCACAUCCAUCGAGGAGGGGAUCAAGUUGCAGAUUCAAAGCCGGCAGAAGAACAGGAAGGCUUUGCAGGAGGACGGAGCCACGCCAACACCCUCCGCCCCCUCCACCCCCACCCCUACCGACCCUUCUGCCACCCCAGCUGCCACGCCCAAUGCCACUGCUACCACGACUGCUGCGGCCACCACCACACCACAGUCCACUGCAGCAAGUCUCGGUCCAAAGGUGAAAAAGCCGAGACGGACCUCCGAGAAUGAAUCCGGCCCCGGUUCAAGCAAUGACGGCAACCCAGGUGAGGCGGAGGAUGGUGGACCAGUGGAGGCGGGUGAGAUUGAGCUGGUGUUCCGCCCCCACCCACUGGAGAUGAACGAGGAUAAUGAGUUGAUACGAGAAUUGAAAGACUCGUCAAUCCGCUACAUCAAGACCACAGCCAAUGCUACUAUUGACCACCUGUCUAAGUACCUGGCGAUGAGGUUAACACUUGCCAACAGAACAGGAGAACUUGAGACAGAGCUUCCUUCAUCCCUCAACAACUUCUGCAUCUACAUCGCCCCCACGCCUGACCAGUACAUCGGAGUGGUUGGGUCCCUCACACUGGAGCAGAUCAACGAGAAGUACUGGAGAGUCAACAAGCCAAUGGAAAUGUUUUACUCAUGGAAGAAAAACUGAUUGGUGUCCAUUUGUUUGUUUGAGAGAGAGAGAGAGAGAGAGAGAGAGAGAGAGAGAGAUGGAUGGAUUGUGUGUGUGUUAGUUUAAGGGGUGUUUUUUGGAUAUUUGUGUGUGAGACAGACAGACAGACAGACGGACGGACAGACAGAGAGAGGGGUUGUGUGUGUGUGUUAUAUAUUUUUGUGUGUGUGUGGUGCGUGUGUCAGACAGAGGGAAUGAGAGACUUAAGGAGUGUUUGUGUGUGUGUGUGUGCAAGUGUAUUUUUCUCUGUGCGUGUGUGUGUGCAAGUGUAUUUUUCUCUUUGUGUGUGUGUGUGUGUGAUAGAUAGUGUUGGUUCAGCUAGUAGUAGUAGUAGUAGGUGUCAGGGCCUUGCAUACACAUAGCAUGCACAUCUCAGGAUCAUUAUCUUGAUACGAACAUCUUAUCAAAUAAUCUUUGCUAAUUUUUUUUAUAUGAACCAUUAUUUAUUGAUUCUAAUUUGUUACUGUUGUUGUUGUCAUUGUGUUUAUCCUGUCUGAUAUAGAGAUUAUCCUUUAUUAGUCUUUUUUUCCUUUUUUUAUUGCGUUUUAAUAUUUGUUUUGUCCUGACAUAGAAGUUCUUGUUUAACAGGAUUGGUAUGUAGAGAUCAUCUUAUUUUCUUCUAUAAAUUUUCAAGGAUAUUUUUUUGAGCUUUGGUUUCUGUUUUGUCCUGACGUAGUAGAAAUGCCUGCUUUUUUCUGAUUUCUUCACUUUUGUGUGUGUGACUGUUUAAUUCUGAUAUGACAAUAAAGGAAUAGGAUGAGACAAGACUUAGUGUUGAUCUUUUGUCUAUAUUAUCAUGUGAGAGAGAGAGAGAGAGAGAGAGAGAAUGCAAUUUUUAGAUAUGACAGAACAAGACAAACAAUUAAUCUUGUUUAUCUGUGUAUUCUGAUCUGGUGAGAGUGUGUAUGGGUGUGUGCAUGUGUGUAUGUGCAAGUGUGUGUGUGUGUGUGUGUGUGCACGUACAUGAAGAACCCCAGGAAAAUGUUGGAUUCUGACAAAUAUCCCAAUGAACUCCACUUUUUCUGCUUGCCUUUCCCAAUAAAUCAAGAAAGUGCUUAACUAUUAAUAUCUGUUCCAUUAUUCCUGUGUUAUGUACUAUUACCGAUGCCUUUUUUGUAUAUAUGUGGACAGGGAACAGUCUCAUUGUGAGGGGGCGGGAGUGAACCAGUGUGUGCUGUGUGGCCUUGCUGUGGUUUCAGGAUUGGAGUAGGUGCAGUGUAAGGAACGGUCUCAUGGGAACCAGUGUGUGCUGUGGGGCCUUGCUGUGGGUGUGUGUGGCUGCUGGCUGUGGUGUGCCUAAGCUCUUAUGGUGGUCCAUGAGUGUCUCCUCUCAUCCUUGUCUUUUUCACACUACACUCCUCUCAUCCUUGUCUUUUUCACACUACACAGUCAGUCAGUACUUAAAUAAAUCCUGCUCAUUCUAAUCUAAAAACUAUUUAUAUAAUCUCUUCCUCCUCUCCAACCUUCUCCUCCCCAUCCUCUCUUCACACUACAAAAUCACUCAUCACACUACAAAAUCACUCAUAAGUUCACUAAAUCAUCCUUAUUCACUAAAUCAUCCUUAUUCUAUCUCUUUUUAAUCUCUCUCUCUCUAUAUAUAUAUAUACUCCUUUUCUCCCAUCAUCCUCUUUUCAUGCUACAGUCACUCAGGACUUCACUAAAUCAUGUUCAUUCUAAUUCCAAAACUAGUAGGCAUCUUGCAUCACCUCAUCUCACUUCUCUCCCUAUCAGCUGUUGAUGGCAGGAACAAGUGGACGCCUCACUCAGGUCAUGAAGUCUGAGGGAAGUUUGAAGUCCUGCUGCAUUUGUGGGUCUCCGAGCAGCUGGUGUAGCCUUUUGUAUCUUGCUGUGCUAUGCUGAAGUUAAUCUGUGGUGUGUUGCUAUGAAUCUGUUGCUGUGAAUCUGUGGGUCUUCAUUCCUCCUCCUGCUUUGGAUCUGUUGGUCUUCAUCCCUUCCUCUUGCUGCAAAUGUAAUCUGUGGGUCAUCAUUCCUCCUCCUGCUUUGGAUCUGUUGGCCUUUAUCCUUCCUCUUGCUGCGAAUGUAUUUCUCUCUCCCUCUUCGUCAUCUCAUCACCAAUCUGCCAGUAUGGAAUAUGGUGAUAAGGGUGUGCUGGGUGGAGAGAUGGGGUGGUAGAUAAAUGAGAGAGGGAGAGAGAGAGAGUUUUAAUGGGCAGAGAGAGACGAUUAUCUUCAUUUGCAUUCAUCUCUCACACUUGGUUCUCAAAGAUACAAGGGAGAUAGAUAUAGGAGAGUUGGAAAAGGUGCUCUCUCUCUCUCUCUCUCUCUCUCUCUCUCUCUCUCUCUCUCUCUCUCUCUUUCUC